AUGAAAAAACUAAGCUUAAAGUCAAUGAAACGAAACCAAGAAGAGGUUUUUGGUGAAAAUAAGGAAGAUGAAGAGGUAGCCUUUAUAAAUCGGAAAAUGAUCAGUAGGCAUAGUAGUAAUUUACAUCAUCACCAUCACAAUCAUCAUCGAAGCAAGAAAGAGCCACCACAUAAGAUAAAUACCACAACAAAUACAACAGUAACAGAAAUAGAUGACAAUGAGGAGGGAGUUUCUUCAAUUGGUGAAUCACCAAGAGGAAGAAAUACUCUGCAGCACAAUGAAAUGUCCUCCUCACACUACUCUAAAACCAUAUUUCCAAAGAGUUUACUUGAUUCCUAUGUUAAGGCAAGGCAGGUUAAAAAACAACAGCGAGAAGCGAUCAUACGAGCACAAACACCAAAUCAUGAAGCUGUUCAAAGGGAGAAGAGGUAUGAAAGAUAUAAAAAAGAGAAGAAAGCAGGAGGAAAUUAUAUUGCAUCUGGUGAUUUUAAACCAACAGAUGUUUUACCAUUCGAUGAUUUGAAACGGAUAGUGGUUAAAAAUCAAGAAAUAUUCAAAGAAACCACAGAGAGGGUACUCACACCCCAACCAACCUUAACCAGUGUAAAUUCCAAUAGAUCCCUACUCAGUGUAAAAUCAGAUUCAUUUAGAAGAAGUAGAACACCAUCUCCUUCACUACAUUCAUCACAAUCUGUAAAAUACUUUAGAGACCAACCUUCAAGGUCUGAUUCACGAAUGAGUUUGGCUGAUGUUGCUACUGUUUUUGAAAAUUAUUUAUCGAGGACUUCAUCAUUUAGUACAGUAAGCAGUUCAAGUUCGAAUAGUAACAGCCCAACAGGUUUAAAGAAAGGUGCAUCAUUUUCGAGAAGAAUUGUCAAUCAAUGA